AUUCCCACUUUAGAAGCCGAAACGGGAAGACGUUUAAAAUUCCGGUGCAAGUCAAUCAAGUCUGCAGGAGGAAUCGUUUCUAAUUUACAUCGUUUCAAUCAAACCAAAGUUGAAGCAAUGGCGUCGCUACCCAAUGAAUUGAAACAGUUAUUUGACUUUGUCAAUGGCAAGAAGUCCGAUUACAUUGAGACCCUGAGAACCGCAGUGGCCAUUCAAUCCGUCUCGGCCUGGCCGGAGAAGCGGGGCGAGAUCGAUCACAUGGUCAACUGGACGGCGGAAAAGCUAAAGGCAUUGGGCACACAGAUCGAGCUGGUUGAUCUGGGCAAACAGAAGCUGCCCACGGGAGAGGAGAUUCCACUGCCAAAGGCUUUGCUGGGCACCUUGGGGCAGGAUAAAAGCAAGAAAACGGUGCUGGUCUAUGGACAUUUGGACGUUCAGCCCGCCCUAAAGGAGGAUGGCUGGAAUACGAAUCCCUUUGAGCUGACUGAAAUCGAUGGCAAGCUGUACGGACGUGGCGCCACGGAUGAUAAGGGUCCAGUGCUCUGUUGGAUUCAUGCCAUCGAAGCAUUCCAGAAGCUGAAUAUACCGCUCCCAUUGAACCUGAAGUUCGUCUUCGAGGGCAUGGAGGAGAGCGGCAGCGAGGGACUCGAUGAGCUGCUGAUGGCACGCAAAGAUGAUUUUCUGGCGGAUGUGGACUUUGUUUGCAUUUCGGACAACUAUUGGCUAGGCAAGAAGCGUCCCUGCCUUACCUAUGGACUGCGCGGCCUGGCCUACUUCCAGGUGGAGGUCGAGUGCGCCACCAAGGAUCUGCAUAGCGGCGUCUUUGGCGGCACGGUGCACGAGGCCAUGCCCGAUCUGUGCUACCUGCUGAGCACCCUGGUAGACAAGGACACAAAGAUCCUGAUACCCGGUGUGGAUCGUGAUGUGGCUGCCAAAUUGCCCAAUGAGGAGGAAAUCUACAAGAACAUCGACUUUGAAGUCAACGAAUACAAGAAAGACGUUGGCGUCGACCACCUGCCCCAUAAUGGAGAUAAGACGCGCCUGCUGCAGGCCAGAUGGCGUUAUCCCAGUCUGUCCAUCCAUGGCAUCGAGGGCGCCUUCUAUGAGCCUGGCGCCAAGACUGUCAUACCCAAGAAGGUCAUUGGCAAGUUUUCCAUUCGCCUGGUGCCCGAUCAGGAUCCCAAGCAUAUUGAGGAAUGCGUGACCAAGUACAUCAACGACAAGUGGGCAGAGCGUGGAUCGCCCAACAAAAUGAAGGUUGUCAUGUUGUCCGCCGGCAAACCCUGGACCGAGGAUCCCAAUCAUCCGCAUUACGAGGCCGCCAAGCGUGCCAUCAAACAUGUCUUCAACGUGGAUCCCGAUAUGACGCGUGAAGGUGGCUCCAUUCCCGUUACCUUAACCCUGCAGGAGGCCACUGGCAAGAAUGUGAUUCUGGUGCCAGUCGGCGCUUGCGACGAUGGUGCUCACUCACAAAACGAGAAGAUCGACAUCUACAACUACAUAGAAGGCACGAAGCUACUGGGCGCCUAUUUGCAUGAGGUGGGUAAAUUGUAAAUGAC